CGUGCUGGCGACUGUUGGGAGCGCGCGUCCCUCCCUGCUUACUGACCCCCUCCUUCUUCUCCCCGGUUCCCUCACUUCCGCUUCACUGAUGGCUCAGACGGCGGCCGCAGGGUCCGGCACUAAAGUCCGGUGAUUAUUUACAACGGGCCGCCCCGGUUCUGUCCGCCCGAGGAGUACUCUACGUGGACCCGUCGCUGAGACUGACUCGGAGUGGCCGUGCCUACGACACAAGAUUUUCCGCUUCAAACCAGAGAAGGAGGAUUGAUUGGCACGCGGAUUACUCUCUGUCCAGGGCUCCGGAUACGGCUUGGAAUUAUGACCCGUGCCAUGCACGCGUGCUGAAUGAAUCAUUUGUGGUGUGGUAGAAAUGAGUUUGCAUUGCCAGAUGGGUUCAGAUCGGGACCUCCAGUCGUCAACUUCCUCCGUCAGCCUUCCUCCAGUGAAAAAGGCACCAAAGAAAAGGAGAAUGCCAUGGGGGUCCAUCUUCCGCAAGAAAAAAGAUCCAAAGCGGAAAUCGAGGGACCUGACUGGUGGGGUCGAUGGGAUUGCUAGCAUUGAGAGCAUUCACUCGGAGAUGUGCACUGACAAAAAUUCCAUAUUCUCUGCCUCUGUGAACUCGGCAGACAAUGCCUGCGCCAGGAAACAGAGCGGAGACUUUAUGGAGUGCCCCCUGUGCCUUUUACGGCACUCCAAGGACCGUUUUCCUGAAAUAAUGACCUGCCACCAUCGUUCGUGCGCGGACUGCUUACGUCAGUACCUGCGGAUAGAGAUCUCGGAGAGCAGGGUCAAUAUCAGCUGUCCAGAGUGCUCAGAACGCUUUAACCCUUAUGAUAUUCGCUUAAUACUUAACGAUGACGUCCUGAUGGAGAAGUACGAGGAGUUUAUGCUCAGAAGGUGGCUUGUCGCUGACCCAGAUUGUAGAUGGUGCCCAGCUCCUGACUGUGGCUAUGCCGUCAUCGCAUUUGGCUGUGCCAGCUGCCCAAAGUUGACCUGUGGCCGUGACGGAUGUGGAACAGAGUUCUGCUACCACUGCAAACAGAUAUGGCACCCGAACCAGACUUGUGAUGCUGCGCGACAAGAGCGGGCUCAAAGCUUGCGCCUGAGGACAAUCCGGUCGUCAUCUAUAAGUUAUAGCCAGGAGUCUGGAGCUGCAGCGGAUGAUAUCAAGCCUUGCCCAAGAUGUGCUGCCUAUAUCAUAAAGAUGAAUGAUGGAAGCUGCAACCACAUGACGUGUGCCGUAUGCGGCUGUGAGUUUUGCUGGCUCUGCAUGAAGGAGAUCUCAGAUCUGCAUUAUCUCAGUCCAUCAGGAUGUACGUUUUGGGGAAAGAAGCCUUGGAGCAGGAAGAAGAAGAUCCUUUGGCAGCUUGGGACCCUUGUAGGGGCCCCUGUUGGGAUUGCUUUGAUAGCCGGGAUUGCCAUUCCUGCGAUGAUUAUUGGUAUACCUGUAUAUGUAGGAAGGAAGAUACACAAUCGCUACGAGGGUAAAGACAAUUCAAAGCACAAGAGAAAUCUGGCGAUAGCCGGCGGCGUCACCUUGUCAGUCAUCGUAUCUCCGGUCGUUGCUGCUGUAACCGUAGGCAUCGGAGUCCCUAUUAUGUUGGCGUAUGUCUAUGGAGUAGUCCCAAUAUCACUAUGCCGAAGUGGAGGCUGCGGUGUGUCAGCCGGUAAUGGGAAAGGUGUCCGAAUUGAAUUUGAUGACGAGAAUGAUAUCAAUGUUGGCGGAGUGAAUACUGCAGGAGACACCACAUCCGUAGCAGAAGCUCGUCACAACCCCAGUAUCGGGGAAGGAAGCGUAGGAGGAAUGACCGGCAGCUUGAGCGCCAGUGGAAGUCACAUGGAUAGAAUUGGCGCCAUCCGGGAUAACCUGAGUGAAACAGCCAGCACCAUGGCAUUAGCAGGGGCUAGCAUUACUGGUAGCCUCUCUGGAAGCGCCAUGGUCAAUUGUUUCAAUAGGCUGGAAGUCCAAGCAGACAUACAGAAGGAGAGAUACAGCCUGAGUGGAGAAUCGGGCACUGUGAGCCUAGGAACUGUCAGUGACAACGCAAGUACCAAAGCCAUGGCUGGCUCCAUCCUGAAUUCCUACAUCCCACUGGACAGGGAAGGUAACAGCAUGGAAGUUCAAGUGGACAUUGAGUCUAAACCAGCCAAAUUCAGGCACAAUAGUGGUAGCAGUAGUGUUGACGAUGGCAGCGCCCCAGCUCGGAGCAGCAUGGGCGGCUCAGGAGCUGGGCAAACAGAAAGUAAAUGCAGCGCCACCAAAUGGUCCAAAGACAAUACAGCAGGGAAGAAAUGCAAAGGCAAGCUACGAAAGAAAAGUAGCACCAAGAUAAACGAGACGAGAGAGGACAUGGAUGCUCAGCUCCUGGAGCAGCAAAGUACUCAUUCCAGUGAAUGUGACUCCCCUUCUCUUAGUGACAGCUUGCCAUCAGUGGCAGACUCUCAUUCUAGUCAUUUCUCAGAAUUUAGCUGCUCCGAUAUGGAGAGCAUGAAAACCUCCUGCAGCCACGGUUCCAAUGAGUAUCACACUCGCUUUGUUACUGUCAGCCCACUCCCCGAAGUGGAAAACGACCGUCUAGAAAAUUCUCCUCAGCCUGGUGGUGUCCCAAUGGUUAGCAUCCCUGUUCCUUGCACAGAUGUCCCUCAGCUGAGCUAUAUAGCAGAGGAGGGGGCCAGUCAGGGCUUACCCAGCCCAGGGGAGAAGACGGACACUGAGAAUGAUCCAAAAACAGAAGGGAACUGUACAAUCCAGACGGACAUCUAGGCCUGUUAUUGCUGCAAUACUACUUUCUACCACUAACCAGUUCUGCUCACAUGGAAAGCUUUGCAAAAUGGUGGAAACCGUACUAAAUAGAAUGGGAGUCCUUCCACUGCUGCGUACCAUUGAUUUCAAGAAUCCAUUGUUUGAAAGCUUGUGACCCCACCUUGGUGUGGGUUGCGGGUCACCUGGAAGGUCACAGGAUGCCUAAUCGAACAGGUUAUCUGCCAUACCUGAUACUACAGGAGGCUUGCGCGCACUGCAAAGGCGGCCACACGACGUUCUGUGAAGACGCAGCUGUCCGUGUCACUGUAGCAGGGUCAUAAUUACAAUCGCUAAGUAACUUCAUUCCAAAAUCUGGAGGAAUGUGUGAAGUGUUUAAGUUAGCAAGUCAGUUUGCAAAAGUUAGUCAUGCUGGAGCAGAAGUUUUUAAAUGUUUAUUUUAUCUUUUUGCACAGACGGUCAGAAAGAAUAGUAAAUUUGUCCACAUAUUCGACAUCACUGGUGUUUAAAUCCAAAAUGGAGUCUAUCACCAGUUCAACUUAUCGCAGAGGGCAGUGUCACCUGUCAUCUUCUUGGGAGCAGACCAUCCUCUCAUGUUUUGGUGCCUUCAGCAAAGACUGGGUUUUAAGUGCCUGGUCAUGAAAAUUUGUACUAAAUGUUGCUAGUUUUUAUUUUAUUUUUAUUAUUAUUCUGCUUAGUCCUCUACGGCCACCUGAGAACUAGACUAUGCCCUCCAGGCCACUGACGGUGGUAGAUCGAUUAUUAAUGUCUGUCAUUAAUACAAAUGUAUUCACCUACCAAAGACGCACUCAGGCUUUAGAGGAAAUAUGUAUAUCGACAUCUACAAUCGCAAAUAAAGCACAGUGCAGGAGCUGCACACCUACAAGGGGUCGGAUGUGGAACAUGGCUGUGAUCUAGUUUUCUACUUUUAUCAUACAAAAAGGAAGGAGUGAAAGUCUGCGAGUCCAGAAGGUGGUCCUCGAACAUUUUACUGUUAAUCCGUGCAAUGUGUUUCACUUUGACAAUGCAAAACAGUUGUUGGUAUUAAAAAAAUAAUAAUAAUAAAAAAGUUGACGUUCCGGUCUCUGUAAGUGUUGCCGAGAAGGUGCUAAUGAUUGAGCCGGAGUGCUUCUCAGAAGUGAUGCCGUGUGCUGCAGUCCAAUAUGAUGAUUCCAGUCACCUGUUUAAUCCGCUUUUAACACUAGUGCCAGUUACGUUGGACGAAGCUUGUUCCUGUAUUUGUAUAUGUGUUUUAUUUUGCUUAUAAAGAUGCGUGUAAAAAGCAUACUGAAUAAAUGUCUGUGCUGACCGCC